UCUGUGGUUCGGAGGAGGAGGGUGAUGAGGGGUUAGAGGUGCUGCUUGGCGGGGCGGCUCCAGCUCGGGCGAGGCGGGAGGGUCCGGGAAGGGUCGUCCGGGUCCUCACCCGGCUGCGCCCGACGGCGCUGCUGCUACUGCACGCGAGAGGCGCGGGGUGUUGCUGCACCAGGAUCCUGCUGGGACCAGCUCCGGAGGCUCCUGGCUAGGGGGUCUGGUUCCCCCUCCCCCCACCAGGGCUGCAUUUGGGUCGGGAAGGAAUUUUCCCCGUGGUUGAUUGGCACGGCGGGGGUUGGGGUGUUGGUUGCUUUUCCUCUGUAGCUGGGGGUGGGCCUUUGCCUUGUGCCUCUUGGCAUACUUUGACCUCCUUUGCAGCAGCAGGGCGUAGGCUGCCCCGGUUCCCUCCCCCUCUGCGGGGCUGAGGGUGUUGGGUGCGUGUUGUGUCAGGGUUGAGGGCUCUGUUGAGUUCAGGUGGGAUGGUUUGGGUAGGGAUAAUCCUGCCUCAGGCUAGAUGAGUUCUGGAGCUCCCUUCCAGCCUCACUUCUCUGUGACUGUGACUUUUCCCGGCCCCACUGUCAAGCCUCCUGGCCAGCAGCUCUGCUUGCAGCCCGGAGAGUCGCUUGGGUUAAUCCAGUUAAGAUUUAUGUUUCACUAAGAAGUGUGUGUGAGGCAUGACGUGCAGCGUGUACUGAGAAGCUGGGAUUAACAUGUACAUUUUAUUUCUAGUAGGCAGUUUGGUUUCAUGUGAUCCAGUGCAGCAACCCUGGGAGCACCAAGCCUUUUAAACAGAAUUCAAAAUCAUUGGAACAGGACCAGCAGGAUGGGAAAUAGUGCCUUAAAAGCCCACCUGGAGACAGCCCAGAAAACUGGUGUUUUCCAGCUAACAGGAAAGGGACUCUCUGAGUUUCCUGAAGACCUGCAGAAGCUAGCAAGCAACUUGAGAACAAUAGAUUUGUCGAGCAACAAAAUUGAGCUCUUGACACCAGUGAUAGGAAAAUUUUCGGUUCUGAAGAGUCUUUCUCUAAACAACAACAAACUGACUGCUCUACCUGAGGAGCUGUGUAAACUGAAAAAGCUAGACACGUUGCACCUGAAUGGCAAUCACCUGAGACGGCUGCCAGCUGGCUUUGGACAACUCUCAGCUCUCAAGACCCUGAGCCUUUCUGGAAAUCAGCUUCGGACUGUGCCCACCCAGUUGUGCAGUCUUCGUCAUUUGGAUGUGGUGGAUCUAUCCAAAAACCAGAUCCAGAGUGUGCCAGAUGCAGUAGAGGAACUGCAGGCCAUUGAACUCAAUUUGAAUCAGAACCAGAUUUCCCAAAUUUCUGUGCAGAUCUCUCACUGUCCACGACUCAAGGUUCUGCGUUUAGAAGAGAACUGUCUAGAACUCAGCAUGCUUCCUCAGAGCAUCCUCAGUGAUUCCCAAAUCUCACUGCUUGCAGUUGAGGGCAAUCUCUUUGAAAUCAAGAAGCUCAGAGAACUGGAGGGCUAUGACAAGCUGUUCAUGCUGAGACAAAGAGGAGUACUUAUGCAGCAGAAAAUGGGAGGCAAGAGAAAGCUAUCUUAUCGCAAAGGUAAACAGCCCUUCUCAUAAGUUUGGAGAUGCUUGAAGAAUUUCUAGGUAUGCUACCUGCUGUUGAAAAAAAGUCCAGCCCUGGACUUAUGUACAUCCUUGAAUUACAGUAGCAUAUACUGCAUUAUCUUAAUAAGAGUAUUUACUCUAUAUGGGUGCCUCAGGUCAUUCUUCCCCUACCCCACUCUUUGACCCACUUCACUUAUCCUUUUUUCAUUGCUCUGCAGCUACUUUACUGUCAUACAUUUACCCAUAAAAAUAUUUAACCAAUAUGUUGCUAUUUUAGCUCUGUGACACCACCUCAAGCGCUAGCUGUGGCUUGUAGGGCAAACAACUCUGCAGUGGGAAUAUCGAGGGGAGAGUUAGUUAUGCACUCUUGUGCUCUCACCUUACCUCAGUUUUUUCACACCAUUUUUCUUUUUUAAUGAAGCUACUUAUUGUCUCUGCAUUUGUUGUUACAUCAACAAACUUUGCAAACUAGAAUUGCAUUAGAAAUCCACUAAGAAUUAUUGCAAAAUAGUAUACUGUUUGUCAUGCAGCUGUGUGGAUCACUUCCAAGGAUGUAUAGGAAAGCAGGUAAGCCAUUAGGCAUCAUCUGAACUGCAUCACGGAUCAUUUGUUAUGUAUGCAUCUUCAUCAAGCAAGUAAAUAGAAUGGUUUAGCUCCGCUUCAUCAUUGUAUAACAAACCUUUGAGGAUGUGGAGGCAGAUAUUUUGUUUAAGUAACCACAGCCAGCUACAGCUGUGCAAAAGCACCUUAGAACAAGAAUCAUGCGAGAGAGGAAAAGGAGUGAGACCUUGGGAAUUGGUUCUGCCAAGUUUUCCCAAAGGUAAGAUGAUUAAAGUUCUGUAUUUUAUCAUACAUAAUGGCUUAAUGAUGCAAACCAACCAUAAAAGAAGUUUCAUUCUGUAUGCUAUUCAGAAUUGUACUUGACAUAAAAAGAAAAUAUGCACAUAAAUAACUUUUAUUCUAUCUAGUACAUACGAUGAAAUUAUUACAGUUUAGGCCAACAAAAAUGAGAAGCAAACCAUUGGUGUGUAGAUAGCUUUGACACAUCAGUGCCCUAACCCCUUCAAGGCCCCAGUUCUGUACAACAUGAAAACACUGAUAUUCUGUUAGUUAAUCAAGCUGUAUCCAUGUGCUGUCACAUUGGCACAAGGGUUGUACAGUAAUUAGGUCCCAGGUGAGCUGUAUAAACACAAGCAGUGUCACAUGGGAAACUGUUUUAACCUGCAAUAUUACAUUUUUGUGCAUCACUGAUGGUACUAGUCUUCAUAGCUAACAUAUUUAGUUUCUGUAACAGCAGCAUGGGAAGUCAAACAGGUAAAAAAAAAUUUUUUUUCAGUAGUGGGGGAUGGGAGGGGAAAAGGGAAGUAGAGUAUUCCAAAGGAAUCAUAGAAGAAGUUCUAGAACAGGGGUGCUCAACCCCUGGCCUACAGGUUAGAUCCAGCUCACAGGUACACAGGGAAUCCUGUGAUCUGUGGCCCUGCACUAAAGAAACUAUUGAGUUUCCUAUCCUGAGCAGAACAUCAUUGCUGAAGUGAACAAAAGCCCAAAACGCUGUUUACAUGAAAUGUUUUGGGUUUUUUUCCAACUAACAGACUUACAGUGGAGGGGGGUGGGGAGGAUCUUAGGUAUUCAAAUCCCUUUAAAACAAAUAAAGCAACACAAAUACAAAAAACCCAACACUUUCCCAUGCGCUGUUUAAGAGCUUGUAGGAGCCUGCAGUAUUUCUGAGUACUACUUUGCUACCCAUGUGGGCAUCCUUCCAGCUCUUUCAGAAGUCAACAUACAACCACAAGAAGUAUCCAUUAUCAGUGAAAAUUGGCAUCAUGAACCAAGCUAAUACUAGAUUUUCCACAGUGUUUUAUCUAGCCUUCUAGUUACGUCUCGCUUUCAUUUUUCAUGGCCAGGAUUUGUUUGCAGCAAGAUGUCCCUGAAGUGGCUUAAAAAAUGCUAGUUAGAGUAUGUUACAUACCUAAUAUUUGGUUAAUGUGUGACCAAAAUUACCCAUCUUGUGACAUUUUUGCAUGUUAGGUUUAGCCCAGAAUUUUCUAAAGGCUGCAAAUACUCAAUUACUGGAAAAAGUGUUUCGUAUGGAAUCCUCAAGUGACUUGUGCAGAACCCUCCCUUUCCCGCAAAGUGCUAGCACUGAAUAUCACAGCUUAGGUUACAUAUUAGUAUCCACUUCAGUCUAUGAAUGAUUUAUAACAGCUUUCUCUACUCCUGGAACAAUCCACUUGUGGUUUUAAACUUUUAGGAGAACACUGGGAAGAGCAGAUUAAAUGCAUUUGCAAAACAAAACAUGAACAAUCUGUUCAUAGGAACAACAAAUCCCUUUCCAACCCAGAUAGCUACUCCUCUAUUACAGAAAAACUGGAACGUUCUGGUUGUAAGCCACUUGGAUUUGGUUCAUUUCCCACUAUACGUUUUAAAGGCUGAUCACUAAGCUGGUUUAUUACAGCAGAACUAGAGCAAGCAAAUUGUUCCCAGAACAAGGGAGAAAAGAAAAGUAGUUCAUGAAAUAUUUGUUCUUUCAAGAAACAUUGCUACAAACUAAAGAUUUAAAAUGUUAGUCACUUAUUGUAAAUUUGUUGCCAAGUAACAAUUCAGCCUGAUAUACUCCAAAAAGCAGUUUCGACUGUGACAGCUAUUACCUAUCAUUUAGAUUAGGUGGGAAGAUAACGUGUACAUACUUCAGUAGGAUGACUUCUUACACAGGCUUUAAAAAGAACAAGUCUGUCAGACUUCAGAAGAUAUUUCUUCCAUUAUAAUGAUUCAGAGAUUUAAAAAGCUGCCCCAGAGCCACUGUAGGGGAACAAAAGCCUUUAUAUAAACCCCAUUGAGAUUUUUGAUACAGCACUGGAUUACAUUUGACACAGAUCUAUACAAGUACAAGAUGUCUGCUUUACUAUAUAUUCAGUCUGAAGUCCCUCUUGUGAGCUCAGAUAGUUCUAUUCAUUUUGAAGUUGUCCAAAGCUUUAUGGCUACUUAAAAAAGUUGUGAUAUAAUUGCUAGGGAAAAAAAAUGCAGCAGAAGUUGCUAACCAUGCCAUUUCUUUUUUCCUUAAUGUAAAGUGAUGGAUUAAAGCCUGUGUACCCCUCAAAUUUAAUUUAACAUUACAAUUUGUGUUUAAACAAAUAUGUAUUAAAGCCCUCAACCUAAAUGUAGUAGCCAUUGGACUAUAACUUGUUAAAUCUGAUAGUUCAAACUUAGCCCCCCAAAACCUUUCAUAAAUUGCUUGGAAGUUAAACCAACCACCUGCAAAACUAUGGAUUAGCCUGCUAAAUUAAGAAAUACCAGACAUAAGAAUCAAGCCCUUAUUUUAGUGAGGGUAGACAACUCUGAGGUAAUUCAAAGGAACGUAAAGCAUAUGAAGUGCCCUGUCCAACCUUUCCACAAGUGUUAACUCAUGUUACACCACCAUUUUCCCCAAAUGGAACAGAACAGUUUGUGCAGUGGAAGGGAUGAGGAAUAUAUUAAGAGUAAAAAAGGUGGGGGGGAACCAAACCAAAAACCGAAAGCUGUGAAAGCAAGCCCUGCACAGGCUGAAUUAAAAUGAGAUUAAAACAGGAUCAAUUCUUUUCUAUGAAGAGUGAAUUAGGUUGGCAACUUUGCUGGAGAAGUCAAAGCCAAGUCUGAAUACAAGGCCAAGAAAAGGGAAACCCUAAUGAAGCAGCUUCCUUUUCACUCUUCACAGCCCUUUUUAUUCUGAGAUACAGGAAGUUUCACAGAUCCAUGAAAAUGGUGGCUUGCAGCUGGAGAAAGAUAUUGGACAAUGGCAGCAGGCUUUAG